CUUUCUGCAACUCUCACUUACUCUCUCACUCAGCCCACCUGCCACCAUGUUCGUCGCCCGCGCUGCCCGCCCCACGCUCGCCGCCGCCCGCCUGCGCGCUGUCCGCUUCGCGCACUUCGAGAACGUCGUCGACCAGACCAUCCCCGGGGGGUCGAAGAACCGCACGAUGUUCACGAUUCGGUUCAUCACGUUCACGGCGGUCGGCUCCGGCCUCCCUUUCAUCGUCUGGAAGUGGCAGGAGUACAAGGCCAGCGGCGGCAGCGCUUAGACUCAAACAGCGAGCGUUGAUACACGAACAGCAGACAUGAGCGCUUAGACACGAACAGCAGGAUAUGAAUAGGCCGCAACUGGUUCAUGAGUGACUGUGGAAGCGGUGUGAGGGACAAACAGUGCGAGGGGUGGGUCCGCACUCUUCGCUCGGCGGCUGGCGACUCGGCAGUUUCGUUCAGGCAUCUCGUUAACCGUACGAUUCGCGCCAUCCGAAGUGCCAGGCUCGGCAUUCGUUCUUGUGGAGUCAGAAUGGGGUUGAGGAGUGAGAAUGCGUGGUAGAGUGGCGUUGCGCCGGGGUC